UUCAUUUUUUAUGUGUUGAAGAACCUUUCACCUCCCUUUGCUCUUCCUCUUCCUCUUCCACUUCCUCCCCUCGUCGCCACCCCCUCCUCAGCUCCACUCUUUCCGCAUUGUGGCCUCUUUGGUAGCAUCUUUCUGUACUCCCUAUCAUACACCAACCAUCCUUGCUGCGAUUUUUUUUAUUUUUUUUUGAACACUUUUAAUCCUCGAUUUCCCGGUAAUCGCCACAUUUCUGUUCGCUCAAAAGUGCACACUUGAACACACACUCGCUGCCAUCAAUAGCUACAGCAACUACAGCAGGAUAGCGUGCUACUAUCAAAGCAUCCGUUGACGAUAUACAACUAGCCUAUAUACGCCCUUUUUUUUCUGUCUGGUUGUUUUCUCCUUCGUUCGUUCAACACUGCCUUUUUUUUCCUUCUCGGUCUCGCCCUCCCCACCGGAUCUUUUUUUAUUAUACCUCCGCAAAAAAUAUGAUCCCUUUUCAAACGGGCUCUCCUGGCUCACUCUCACCACUGCCAUCUUCACAACCACUGCCCAGCCCUUCAUAUCCGCAGUCUCCAUGCAAACCCAAGAAUAGCAUCGACACGGCCAAUCACACAGCCGUAGGCGUCGCAGAAAAGUCUAGUCUUCGUCAACAGCAGCAGCGACAGCAAAUCCAAUGGAUUCACACCCUGAACAAGCGUCUGGAUAUCCUCAUAGCUGGAUCCCUCUUCUUGGCCCAGACUGCACUCGUUUACAAUAUCUCGGCUAUGGUGGCUGUUCAGCCGCGUCUGGACGACCCUUCGACGACGACCUCAAGUGUCCGUGGCAGCAAUGGCGAGGACAACUAUGCAUGGAAAUCCUGGCAAGACUUUGACGACCACUAUACCAUGUCCAACCCCGACGGCGUCAUGACAACGGUCCCUUUUUGGCUGGCGGCCUUUGGAAUCAUUCUCCCGAUCGUCACCGUCAAAGUCCUUGCCAGGAUCGAGCGAACCCGGGCGUGCAAGGGAUCUCUUGCUGAGAUUAGCGGAGAGACGCAGUGUCCAUAUGAACGCAUGAAGAGGCGCAUCGCUGCAAGGCUUUGGAAAUGCCGAAAGGGCGGUAACACAGGACGGGUGCAGCCCCCAGGAUACUGUCGUUCUCGCCUGAGCCGAUGCAGGUCCCUCCUGGUUACGAGACCAAAAAUCUUGGUUUUAGUGAGCUUGAUGGUCUAUACGUUGUCCAUGUUCUUGGCAUCGAAUACCGGCCUGAGUCGCAAGGUGGCGUUCCCGCUCGCUGAGGGGAACAUGAGCGACGUGGAUCUUCAGUCAGUUCUUUGGACAUCCCAGCGGCAGCAACUGGUGCCAGAGAUCAUGGAAGGGUCUCAGUUCAUUAAUAUGGAGGAAGGCUAUGCUGGCAGUGACAUUGACAGCAGCGAUAAAUACUCGACCAUGACUUGGGACGACGUGUCACCAGAGAAAUUGGAGGCUAUGGUCCGGGCCGCUGACGAUGAUGAGGUCAUGGAUACCGAGUGGGGAGAAGUGCCAGCUAGUUAUCCAACUCAGUCACAGCAAGACCAUGCGGGGGUAAAAGACUCAGGUGAAACCAUCGGCGACAGCAACGAGUCUGCGGAGAAGGAGAAACUGUCGGCGCUGUCGGAUUUCUGGGACACGGCCGAGCAGGCCGUUGACAAGGACGGUGGAGUUUCCUCAGGAUUCGUUGGCAGCGAUAUUUCUUCAUCGUCGUCAGAGAUGCCGCCACCAUUGCCCUGUACUGUUCGCGACCGACCUUACAACGACUACGACCUGUAUGCCAGUAAUUACACAGCCAUUUACACGUUCGAAUAUGUCCCUGGCUGGACUGAGGCGAUUGUACUGUUGAUAGCACUUUGUUCGGGCAGCGCAAUGGCAGGCUUCUAUUUGGCCCGCCACAACGUCCGUGAGCUGGUGUCGGAGCUGCAGAAGGACCUCGGCGAAGACGGGGAUGAUUCCGAGAACAAGAAAAUGGUGCGCCGACUUGGAUACAGAUGGACCCGCUUCUUGCCCAUCUUGGUCAUCCUGAGCCAACUGCACUGGGGGUGCAAUGCGGACUUGACUACGCCGCCAAUGCUGUCUGCCUGCAUCAGUGCAGUGCUCGUCGUGGUCGUGCGUGAGUGGAUGCCUGAGAAUUUGGAUCGGUCUUUUGCCGCCUCCGCUUCCGUUCCCGCUGCCGCUACCGUUGCGGGAGUCCAGUAUCACGACGAGCAGAUGCUGCCGCCCUCAGCUUGCAUCUCUAUGCCCCCAGCAGAUGAAAAAGACGAUGAGAAGUUAGCCAGAUACAAUGAGUGUUGAGAGGCUUAGGGUGCAUCCCGUCCGUCCAGCCCUAAGCACCUCUAGUGCAUAUAAUAAAAUGAUAUGACGUUAUGUCUAUAAAACGAGAA